AGACCAUUCACACCGUACAUGUAUGGGGAAUGUUCAUACGAUUAGAUUACCCUGUAUUGAACCCCUUUUUAUAACAAAGUUUUUUCAAGUGAGCAAACAGGUUUUUUUAACCACUUUUUAUAAGUAGUAGAUAUUUGUAUAAUCAUGUGGUUUUUUUCGUUUUUGAUUUUUUUUUUAAUCCAUUAACGAAUUCUAAAUCGUAUAAUUUUUGUUAAAAAUAAAUUCAUAUGUGCAUGUGUAUGUAUGUACAUAAAUACUUAUGAAUUAAAUAUAUUUAUUAACGUACGUAAUUUUAUUUAAAAUGUCGAGAAGGCUUCGUUAAGAUUAGCCCGACUAUUUGUAAGCAACACUCCUCAAAGAGCAAAUCUCGAACACUUUUGCGAGUCACGGUACGUUAUUUGUAUUUGCAAUGUGUGUAUGUAUGUACGAAUACAUAAAUAAAGCAUGCAUAGAAACUUCAUUCCAAGUGUAGUCAAUAAGCCCUGAUUCAAAUUACGUGUGUCGAGAGCUGAAACAAACAGGAACUCAAGAUUCCGUAGUUGGUUGAUUUAAAUGCAUUUUUAACUAGGUUAGCAGUAUGACAACGUUAUUUCAUAUGAUUUUUUGGCUAUAUCUGCUUGGCAUUGCUUUAAAAACACGCUUUGCACUUGGUUACGAUCCAAACGACACCAAAAUCGCCUCAGUCAUUCCGCCCGAAGGUUAUUUUGAAGCGUUUUAUCCGAGGGAAAUGGAUGGUGUUCCGAACAGUGCUUCGCGUCCCGCUCAUGCUCACGGCAGCUUCUUUAAGCAUCGUAAUCCAGCACUGGUGGACACAAAGAAUGCAGCAGCUUAUGGAUACCGAUUUGAUGGCAAACGCCGCUUCAAUUUAAAAUGAAUAUAAAUACUAUCUUUUUAUACUUUUUGUAAAAAGCAUACUAAUAAAAAAUAAAAAAAUAUA